GGGUCUGUUACAGUUAGAACUAUAGGAGAAAAAACAUGUAAAGUGGUCGUUGUAUGUGGGGAAAUUUCAUUUGUUUGAUGGAAAAAUGGAACUUUUAAUUCCAGUUGUCCUAAAUUGAGUAUUUCAAAUAAAUAAUUCUAUAUUUAAGAUGAGUGUUGCUGUUUGACAAUGGAGUAAAUUUAUUUAAGUUGCAAUCAUGGAUCGUGGAAAAAUAGCAGACCUUGCUGCACGGGAUAAUAAGAUUUAUGUGGAUUUAAAGGACAUCAUCAAGGAGAAUGUCCUUCCCUUCCUUCCUGCCAAAUCAGUUGUCAAAUUCAGAGCUGUUUGCAGGGACUGGAGAUUCCAGAUUUCCGCUCCACUUUUUGCCCACAAUCAGUCACUUUCUUGUCACAGUACAUCAGGCAUCUUUAUCCAGAUUCACAGGGGUUCUCCUUCUCUCAUACCCAUUGACGCAAACUCUUGUGGGGUGCCAGAUCCAAUUCUUAGCUUCUUGCCUGAGCCUGUUGACAUUAAAUCCUCCUCCAAUGGACUGCUUUGUUGCCGAGGUCAUGAAGGGGACAAGGUCUACUACAUAUGUAAUCCCUUUACUAAGCAGUGGAAGGAACUACCAAAAUCAAAUGCUAAUCAUGGAUCAGUUCCAGCAAUUGUGCUCUUAUUUGAACCAUCGUUGCUCAACUUUGUAGCAGAGUACAAAAUUAUAUGUGCUUUUCCAUCCACAGAUUUUGGUAAGGCAACUGAAUUUGAUAUAUAUUCCUCCAGAGAGGGUUCUUGGGAAAUUGCUAGGGAGAUAUGCUUUGGAGAUAGAACAAUAUUGCCAAAAUCAGGGGUCCAUGUGAAUGGCGUUAUUUACUGGAUGACAACUGAUAAUAUUCUUGCUUUUGAUCUAACAAAGGAGAGGUCCCAGCUCCUUCAAAGCUAUGACACUCAUGGCUUCUUGGGGACUUUUAGUGGAAAGCUCUGUAAGGUUGAUGUCACUGGUAAUAUAAUCUUGUUAAACAUUUUGGCUAAUACCCACUCAAAUACAAUGCAAAUGGGAAGCCAAAUCCAAAUGUGGUCAGAGAAACAGACUGUUGUUCUUGACAGUGAAAUUGUUGGGGAUGUAGCAAGGAACUACUCAGUUUUACAUGUUGACAGUGAUAUAAUGGUGGCUCGUUGUGGAGGAAGAACGUACUCAUACGAUUUCAAGUCCUGUGCAACAAAAUUUCUGAGCAGUGAAGUUGGAAUUCGUCGAUGCUUUCCAUAUGUAAACAGCCUAGUCUCCCUCUAA